CAGAUGUCUAGCAAAUAGUAAGUAAAGAGGAGGGGAAGUUUGCGAGAAGCCGCGCAGUCCUGGAUUGUACCUCAGGGAGGGAGCGUGACCGGGUGCAGCUGUCAGUCUCGACUCCGCUCCGCUCGCAGUCGGUGCUCGGCUUUGCUGGGGAGCGCGUCAAAGCCUCGGGUCUCUCCUCGGCGUUUCGUCCUAACCAACAAACCAGGAAACAUGGGAGGUAAGCUGAGUAAGAAGAAGAAGGGGUACGAUGUCAGUGACCCAAAAAGUAACAAAAAAAACGAGACUGCAGAAGGCCAAGUGGAACAAGAUGAGGUCCCCGAGAGCAAAACUGAAACUGAAGGACAGGCAGCUUCUGCUGAACAGCCAGCUGACACCAGCACAUUAGAUGUUUCCAAAGAAACCCUGGAGGAAAAAUCAAAGAUGGAACCUAAAGUUGAAGAGGAACAAGCUGUUCAAAGACAGGAAAUGGGUCAAGAAGGUGAAGCCAAGACAGAAAAUGGAUGUACUGAACCUGCAAAGGAAACUGCUGCUGCAGAACUACAAGACAGAGUGGCACAAGUCACAAUGACAAAAGAAAAAGAAAAGGAAAAAGAGCCUAUAAACGAGGAGGCCAAAACUGAUCAAACACAGGAAAUGGGCCAGGCAGACAACACUAAGGAGACUGAAAAUAGGGCAGCUCAACCUACAGAGGAAACUGCUUCCGAAUCAAAAGAGACUGUGCCUGAAUCUGCAAAGAAAGAAGAAAACUCAGAGAAGGAAAAGGAAUCUGAUGAAACCAUCAACCAAGAAGCACAGGAAAGCCCAUAUGCAAAUGGCAUGAAAAUAGAACAGCAGGCCCCUGUAGAAGAAAGAGAUCCACUUUCACCAAAUCCAGUGUUGGACUCCCAGUGUAUGGAAAUUUCUCCUAUGGAAAAGUCAAAAGACAUGCCUGUAACAGAAGAGGAGAAAAUCACUCCAAAACUACAAGAGACUGUUGUCCCAGUUUUAGAUGCUAACUUAGAAAAUAAAGAAGCCUCCCAGGAAGUAGGAAAAUGUUCAGGGGAGGAGACUGGAAAAACGGAAAGUGCUUCCCCUCUUACUGGAGUGACACCAGAAAGCUCCUCUGUAGCAUCUGAAGAAACUUCAAAUGCCAAAACCAGUUUGGAAAAUACUGACAUCCACAAAACUGAGCCUAUCACCAAGGCCUCAGCAGAAGAAGAAAAGAACAUACUGCCAGCUGCACCAAAAACUGCAGAUCGCAGUUCAUAUCCCAAAGCUCAAUCUGAACUUCCAAACAUGCAAAAGGAGAUUAACACCCAGUCACAGGAAACUGUGGUGAAAUCAGAGGAUGUUAUCCUUGAGGAAAUGGCUAGUAAAUCAGAGGCUGCAAAUGAGGAAUCACAUUCUGUGCUCAGCCACACGUCUGUGCCUAUUUUGGAUCCAGUACAAGAACCUGUCCCAACAGCUGAAGAUGAAAACAAAACUGAAGAUGGAAAACCAACUGAAGUAGAAGCUCUUUCAUCUCUCAAUGAAAACCCUUCUGUUAAAGAAAUUUCAGAAGAAAUUUUCCAGCAACAGUCAGAAAGCACAGACGAUAAAGAAUCAUCUGCUACAAAAAAUGAAAGCAUUACUGAAAAUGCCCAAGAUGCAACUCCUGAGGUCACCAACAGUGCCCACUUUACUUGUAUUGAUUCCACGGAGGCUCAAACAGGGGCAGAAAAAAAGUCAGAAACAGGUAAAUCUGAAGUACCAGAUGCCGAGCACAAAAAAACCAUGUGUGAGUCCCAAGAAGUUGAGAACAAUGAGUUAAAUUCCAGUUUACAUGCAGGGAAAGAUACUGCUUUUGCCCAGGCUGAACCACAAAACCAAGAUACUGUUUGUGCCAUUUUAAAUGAACAGCCAAAAGAAAACACAACCCCAGCUCUGAAAACUGAAACUAUACCAGAAAUAAUUAUUUCAGAGUCUCAUUCCAAUAACGAAUUCCCUGAAGAUGAAACCUUAGAGUAUGCCAUCGAGUCUGAGAAGGCUGUCAAUAGCCAUGCAGAUGGGGUCUCUGAAAUGCAUGAAAAAGAAUCUAGUACUCCCUCCCCUGCUGAGAGUGAGGCAGUCAAAGAGAUGACCUCAGAAACUGAAAUCGGACUAACCACAGCUAAUCAAGAGGUCAAUGCAAAGGACGCUUGUGCUAACAGCAACAAAAGUGUUCAGGCAGUGGACACGGAGGUUCAGAAUGAAGAAGGCAAAAAAGAUAUCUCUACAGAGUCUGCAGAGCAGCCCAAAGAAAAGCUAGUGGAGUCUGCUGAACUUCCUGAGCAGGUGCAACAGAAUCAACAACAGAAUGGUCCUCCUGAGAUUCCACCUGCAGAGCAGGCCACUGAAAUGUCUGCCAAGCCCCAACAUGAGGAAUGUGUGAACAGCAUUAACAAGGAAGAAGAAUCCCCCAAAGAGCCGAACCCUCGGAAUGGUGGUGAAUUAAAAAAGAACUUGAAUCUAACCGAUGAUGAGGAAGCUUCUGAACCCAGCAGCGAAAUACCAGACGCCUUAAGUACAGCUGCUGGAAAUGAGAUUGAAUUGGCUUAAGGUAAAACAGUUACUCAACAGAUAAAGUGAAACAAAUAAUGUACAGACACCUUGAGCUUAAUAAUAAAGUAUAUCAUAAGCUCUUGGAUGUUCUGGGUAACCAAAAAAAUUAAACCAUUGAACUCAAUGGCAAGAAACUAAGAAUAAAAUAAGACUGUUCCUUACCUGGUUUUAUUCAGCAGAAUAGAUGUUUGUGGUGUGAAUGAAGCUGACGGAAUGUUUUCAAGAGUGAGAGUUGAUUUAAAAAUGUGAAUGAGGAAUGGAUUUACUAGUAUAUGUGAACCAACUUCUACGUAAUUAUUAAAACAAUUAAUUGGUAUGGUUUUUAAAUAGGAUCUAAUAGAAUUUAGACAUUUGCAUAUCCUUCAGUUAAUUCAAUAAAAAGGAAGCAACUUUUUCACAUUUUCAUAGUGGAAUCAAAACUGUUUAGGAAUGUGUAUUUUAACUUAAAGUGUGGUUUUUGAAAUAAUAAAAGACUAUUA